CACAUUUAAGCAAAAUGUCAACUUUUCGGAAUUGUGGUUAACAAUAGUCGAAAUUUUCAAUUUUUAACUGUUACUUUGUUGUAAUUGCAUUUUUUCGGUUGCAGAGUUUUAGUAUUUUUGGUAAAUUGGGAAUGGACCGCAAAUUUUUGAAUACAAGGUUGCUGCAAGGUAUCACGCGAGUCGCUAUCAACCAACAAAAAAUUUGCGUUUGUAAAAUGUGGACGCAUGCGUUGUGAAAUCUUCAGUAUAGAAACGAGAAUGGAAGAGGGUGCAGGUGAAGCUGUUACAGAGCUACUAAGUGGGGUAGAUUUCGAAAAUACUAAACACCAAAAGGUCAUUUCGAACGGAUACGGCCCGUACUCGGGCAGCUUCGCAAAUGGAUAUACGUGUAUCAAUAAAAGGAAUGGGUACAGAGGAUCUGAGCAGAAUGGACAUGUGCUGGCAUCCUCUGAUGAAGAAUGCACCUCCAAAAAGGGACCAAUAAAAAACAGAUACAUAAAAAGUACUUUAAAGGAACCGACACCAAAAACACGAAUUUUGAAAGAAUCCUUCGAGCCACCGACGCUUCUUACCGCGGCAUUAACACACAUUAGUUUCUACAUUUUGAUGUUUCUGGGAUAUUUGAGUCAAGCAUUGUUUCCACCAAAGAUAGUUAAAGAGAAAAAUAGAGAUGGGUAUCUUCCCUUAUUCGAUAGAUUUGCAAGUUUUUACUCGCGAUAUGUCUACAGAAGAAUACGGGAUUGUUGGAAUUACCCCAUCUGCAGUGUGCCAGGGAAUGAAGUGGUUUUGAAAAAUAGAGUCACUAAUGACAACGGAUGGACCUUCGAGUUCACCGGCUCUAAAACCAAAUGCUUGAACUUGGCGUCGUACAAUUAUCUCGGUUUUGCGGAAAAUUCCGGCCCCUGUGCCGAGUUUGCAAUCGAGUCGAUUUACAAAUAUGGAGUGACCACCGGUGGCACUAGACAGCAAUACGGUACUUGUGACUUACACGUCGAACUGGAAAAGUUAACAGCGGAAUUUUUGGGCGUCGAAGAUGCAAUUACAUUCGGAAUGGGCUUUGCAACAAACGCACUCAACAUUCCAACAUUGUUAUCACCAGGUUGUCUCGUUAUCAGCGACGAGAAAAACCACGCUUCUCUCAUCUUGGGAAUACGUUUACCCGGAGCCACCGUCAAAGUUUUCAAACAUAACGAUGUCAAACAUCUGGAGCAAAUCCUUCGCGAAAGCAUCUACAAAGGUCAGCCGAAUCAAGGAGGUGUGUACAAGCCGUGGAAGAAAAUUCUGAUUGUGGUCGAAGGUGUUUAUAGUAUGGAGGGCACAAUUGUUCGUUUACCUGAGAUAAUAGCACUUAAAAAGAAGUACAAAGCUUAUUUAUAUUUAGAUGAAGCGCAUAGUAUCGGUGCAAUGGGCAAACACGGCCGAGGCAUCGUUGAUUAUUUCGGUUGUGAUCCUAAAGAUAUAGAUAUUCUAAUGGGGACUUUCACUAAAAGUUUUGGAUCAGCUGGGGGCUACAUAGCUGGAACCAAAGAAUUGAUAGAUUUUUUGCGGAAAAAUAGUUUUGCUUCGAAGCAUGCCUGGGCAAUGGCGCCACCUGUAGCUGCUCAAAUCAUCGCUGUUUUGAAGAUACUUAUGGGCCGAGACGGUACUAAUGAAGGACAGAAGAGGAUCGAAACGCUGGCACGGAAUACGCGAUAUUUUAGGAGAAGGAUUGAACAAAUGGGGAUUAUUAUACAUGGAAAUGAGGAUUCGCCGGUUGUCCCUAUUCUUGUUUACCUCUACUCGAAGAUUGCUGCUAUGGUCAGGACUUUGAUUAAGGAAAAAAUUGCAACGGUCGGUGUCGGAUAUCCGGCGACGCCGUUGAUGGAAGGCCGAAUAAGGAUCUGUCUAUCAGCAGCACAUACCAAAGAACAACUAGACUACGCCUUGGAUGUUAUCGAGAAAGUCGCAGAUGAGUUAGGAUUGAAAUAUUCGCGCAAACCGAUCAAUCCCGAACCUAUCGAUUAUGACAAAAUCAAGGUGUAUGUCGAUUAAGUUUUGAAUCAAAUUUAUAGCUUAAUUACGUCUGCUUGUUAAAAAUUUUGAUACAUAGGCAAAAUAUUUUUUUAUUGAAUUUUUGAUGGUUGAGAACUUUUAUAAACCUUUAUUACAGUUUAUACAAAUUUUGUGUACAUUGUAUAUUACAAUGUCCUUAACAUACCUAAUCCAUAAUUUUACGUUUGAGUUGAAUUGUUUAACUUAAUGUAAUAGUCAUCUAGUUUUUGUUUGUAAACUGUUUUAUUUAUUUUUUAUUUAUACCACUAGCGCAUAUUCAGACACCGCUCUACUUGCAGAUGAAUUUCAGUAUUGACUAAAUUAAGGCACAAUUACAGUAUUAACCAAAUUUCUGCUUUUUAUAGAAUUCAAUGACUUAAAGAACAUAUCAAGUUAUAGUUACAGUCAUAGUCGCUUGUUAGACUACUUACACUAGAAAUUAAUGCUAAACAAGCUAAGACACAUUCGUUUUACUUUAAUUAAUUAUCCGUAGUGUGUUUUUGUCAAUUUUAAGGAUAAUGGUCAUUCAUUCCAGUUUUAUUUUUGCUGAAAUCCUACUUAUUUUUAUAUUUUAUUGCAAUUUUUUCUAUUUUAACCGUGUUGUGUUUUCUACACCUUGCUGUUAUUGUUAAAGAUUAAUCUAAUAAAUCUUUACAUAAACAA